GGGGAGCGGGGAGGGCCGGCUGGGCCGGACCUGCUUCCCAGCGGGCCAUGACGAGGCCCAGCGGCGCCGCCUCGGCCACAGUACUUUUAGCUUGAUAUGAUCACCUGCCUACUUCAACACGUUAUUAUCUCCUCCCCUUUGGACAUUUAUUUUAUACUACAAUGUGCAAGGAGUUCACCAUUGUCAAUACCCAAUGCAAGCAAAGAAGAGAGGGUGUGAUUUAAAUCAACAAGCUUUAGAACUGGCUUUGGAUCGAGCAGAGUAUAUCAUUGAAAGUGCCCGUCAGAGACCUCCUAAACGGAAAUAUUUAUCUAGUGGAAGGAAAUCUGUAUAUCAGAAACUAUAUGACUUGUACAUAGAAGAAUGUGAAAAAGAGCCUGAGAUAAAGAAGCUGAGACGAAAUGUGAACUUGUUGGAGAAGCUUGUUAUGCAGGAGACUCUUUCCUGUUUAGUAGUCAAUCUCUACCCAGGAAACGAAGGCUAUUCUCUGAUGCUCAGGGGAAAGAAUGGCUCAGAUUCUGAGACCAUUCGACUGCCUUAUGAAGAAGGCGAAUUGCUCGAAUACUUAGACGCAGAAGAAUUACCUCCAAUUUUGGUUGACCUCCUGGAAAAAUCUCAGGUUAAUAUUUUUCACUGUGGGUGUGUCAUAGCCGAAAUUCGUGACUACAGGCAGUCUGGUAAUAUGAAAUCUCCAGGUCACCAAAGUAGGCAUGUUCUUUUGCGCCCAACAAUGCAGACUUUAAUUUGUGAUGUGCAUUCAAUAACAAGUGAUAACCAUAAAUGGACCCAGGAAGACAAACUUCUUCUUGAAAGCCAACUGAUCUUGGCCACAGCGGAACCAUUGUGUCUGGACCCUUCCAUAGCGGUGACCUGCACAGCCAACAGACUUCUUUAUAACAAACAGAAGAUGAAUACCCGCCCAAUGAAACGGUGCUUCAAGAGAUAUUCCAGGUCUUCUCUGAAUCGGCAGCAGGAUGUGUCUCAGUACCCAACGCCACCUCAACUCAGAUUACUUGAUUAUUUACAGAAGAGAAAAGAAAGAAAAACAGCUCAACAGUAUGACCUCAAAAUUUCUAAAGCCGGGAGUUGUGUGGAUAUGUGGAAACAGAACCCCUGCUAUUUAACUGCACCAUCAGAAGUGGAUGUGGAAAAAUACGCUAAAGUGGAAAAGUCUUUCAAACCUGAUGACUCACAGCCAACUGUCUGGCCAGCACAUGAAAUAAAAGAUGAUUAUGUGUUUGAAUGUGAAGUCGGCAGUCAGUUUCAGAAAACAAAGCUGACCAUUUUUCAGUCACUUGGUAAUCCACUUUACUAUGGCAAAAUACAGACAUUUAAAGGUGGUGAAGACAAUGACAGCAUGGCAAGUCCUUCCCAGUUCCUUAUUGGUUCCAAAACUGAUGCUGAACGAGUAGUCAAUCAGUAUCAGGAGUUGGUUCAAAAUGAAGCCAAAUGUCCAGUGAAAGUGUCCCAUCUCUCGAGUGGAUCAACUAAUCUGAGCCAGCUUUCUCCCGGGAAAGAUCUGGAACAGCCUGAGAGCCUGUCAGGGUCGGUUCAGUCGUCAGUAUUGGGAAAGGGUGUAAAGCAUCGACCUCCACCCAUCAAGCUUCCUUCAAGUUCAGGAAGUAGUUCUUCUGGUAAUAUUUUUAGUCCCCAGCAAUCGAGCAGCCAUUUAAAAUCGCCAACGCCGCCUCCUCCCGCUUCUAAGCCGCCUGGGCUUUCUCGGAAACCUUCUAUGGACCUCAGUCAAGUUAGCAUGCUCACUCCAGCUUCCAUGUCACCCGCCAGCUCUUCACAAAGAUCCGGAACUCCUAAACCAUCUACUCCUACACCAACCAACACCCUUGCAUCGGCCCCCAACCCUCCUGAUGCUCUGAACUCAACUCCUAUUACCCCUUCUGCCACCCCUCCUCCCCAAGAUUCAGGCUUCACCCCUCAGCCCGCUUUGCUAACCCCGUUUGCUCAGCGGCAAGUGUCUCUGAGCCAGGCCUCGCCUGUAAUGACCAUUCCUCUUUCCACCAUGGUAACAUCCAUUACUACAGGAACCACCUCCACCCAGGUCAUGGCAAACCCUGCUGGACUUAACUUCAUCAAUGUAGUGGGCUCCGUGUGUGGAGCACAGACAUUGAUGAGCGGCUCAAACCCCAUGCUGGGGUGUAAUUCUAGUGCCAUAACCCCUACAGGUAUAAAUCUGAGUGGCAUUUUACCCUCGGGAAGCCUGGUUCCAAGUUCAAUGCCUGCUGCACUGCCGUCCGCCACGCCAGGUGUCCCUUUUGGUUUAAAAAAUACUUCAGGUCUCAGGCCCUUAAAUCUGCUGCAGCUACCGGGCGGUUCACUCAUUUUCAACCCUCUUCAGCAGCAGCAGCAGCAGCAGCAGCAACUCUCUCCGUUUUCUGCACAGCAACAAUCCUCAAUUCCCAGUCCUCAGCAGCUAGAGCAGGGUUGUGAACAAGGUCCAGCCGGUCAAGAGCAGGCCUUAUCUGCUCAGCAAGCUGCCGUUAUUAACCUGGCGGGAGUCGGAAGCUAUAUGCCGUCCCAAGCAACGGCGGUUGCGAUUCUGGCAGCCCCCAACGGCUACGAGAACAGCGGGGGCGGCCCCGCUUCGGCGGUCCCCACCUACCGACAGCCCCUCAAAAACUGAGAGGCAUCCUGGCCGUCCCCCACACUGCCGGCGUGCGUUAUUUAUUUUUUUCUUUAAACAGCAUUGACUCAAACAGUCCUUUACUUUUGGUGCCCUAAAAAUUUACAGCCAAGGGAUGGGGGGAAAUGGCAAAUAAAAGAGCCACACCCUAGAGCAUAACCUGGAGACGCCGCCGUCUUGUCAGGGGAAAAUAGGGAGUCGUUCUAACGAUAAGGUAGGGUUGGUUUUCUAGAGUCAUAUUUUAAAAACAAUUCCGUAAAGAACACUGCACCGCACCAGGAGGCGGCUUAAGGCGUUUUGGAAACAAACAGCCUUUGUAAAGGUGGUAUUGAUUUUUGUUAAUAUAAAAGCUUCGAACACUGUAAGAUACAGUUUUUACAAAUACAUUUUGGAAAAAUC